AUGAGCGCCAUCCGAUCAUCCUCAUCAGCUCUCCUCCUUCUCGGCGGUGUAGCAACACUCCCCGGGGCUGCCUCCGUCCGCAGUCACUUCCCACAACGCACAUCGGCAUCAGCUCCGCUUGACGCGGAGCUGGGCUACAUGCAACAGCCCCUCGGCCCCGCAAGCAGCCGGCCCACGGCAUCCGCGGCGCAAACCACCACCAAGCGCAGUGCCGCUCUGUCAACAACAUCUCUGGGUUGGCAGGGUCAGGCGUUAUGA